AUGGAGCAAAUCAUGAAAAAGUCAACCCUUGAUCCCAGGUUUCUUUGCUUCUCUUUCAGCACUUGCUUGUCUUUUCUCCCAAAGGCUCAGGUUCCUACCAUACGAAUCCUUACAUGUGAGAAAACUGAGCUUCAGACGGCACUCUAUUACAGCCAGCGUGCUGUCCAGCAGUUGCAAGGAGAGUGCAGGCAUCUGGUCGGCCGCCUGCAUGAUUCAUGGAAUUUUGCAAGAGAUUUAGAGUGGGAUCUCUCUGCUGUCGCUACACAGAAGAAGAAGGCUGACAGGUACAUCGAGGAGUUAACAAAGGAGAGGGACGCCCUGAGUCUGGAACUGUACAGGAACACCAUAACCCAUGAGGAGCUGAAGGAGAAAAAUGCCGAACUACAAGAAAAACUUCGACUUCUAGAAUCUGAAAACUCUGAGAUCCAGCUCAAUGUAAAGGAGCUAGAAAGGAAGCUGGAGAGGGCCAAGCUCCUGCUGCCACAGCAGCUGCAGGAGGAGGCUGACCACCUGGGUAAGGAGCUGCAGAGUGUGUCCGCGAAGCUCCAAGCCCAGGUGGAAGAGAACCAGUUGUGGAACCGCCUGUACCAGCAACUUGAGGAGAAGAUGUGGAGGCAGGAGGAGAAGAUACGGGAGCAGGAGGAGAAGAUACGGGAGCAGGAGGAGAAGAUGCGGAGGCAGGAGGAGAAGAUAUGGGAGCAGGAGGAGAAGAUGCGGAGGCAGGAGGAGAUGAUGCGGGAGAAGAGGGAGAUGAUGCGGGAGCAGGAGGAGAUGAUGCGGGAGAAGAGGGAGAUGAUGCGGGAGCAGGAGGAGAUGAUGUGGGAGAAGGAGGAGAUGAUGCGGGAGCAGGAGGAGAAGAUGCGGGAGGAGGAGGAGAAGAUGUGGAGGCAGGAGGAGAAGAUGUGCGAGCAGGAGGAGAAGAUGUGGAGGCAGGAGGAGAUGCACGAGGAGAAGGAGAAGAUGAGGAGGCAGGAGGAGAUGAUGUGGGAGAAGGAGGAAAAGUUACGGGAGCAGGAGGAGAAGAUUCGAGAGAAAGAGGGGAAGAUGCGGGAGCAGGAGGUGAGGCUGUGGCAGCAGGAGGAGAAGAUGCAGGAGCAGGAGGUGAGGCUGCAGGAGCUGGAGGAGAGGCUGGUGGAGCGGGGGGGGGAAGGCGAGCUCUGGGGGGAGCAGGUGGAGGCGGGUGCAAACCCUGGAGAUCAUACAGAACGACCUCACCACAACUUAGCAGAUGGUGGUUGGCUCCCUCUGCUUUUCCACCAGUCUGUGGCCUACAGUGUAAAUGGUGGGAAGAAGGCCCUCUGGCCACUCCCCACAGGAGAUGCACUGGACAGGGAGGAGGUGGAGGAGGAGGAGGCACCUCAGCCCAUGCCAAGCAUCCCAGAGGAGCUGGAGAGCCGGGAGGCCAUGGUGGAGCUGGUGUUUCCGCUUGUGAGCGACCGUAACCAGGGACGUGGUGGAUUGCGGGCAGCUGCCCAGAACCCUGCGGAAGAGUCUGCACCAGGGACCCCGGUCCCUCAGGAGCUCGGGGCUGCCAACAAGCAGGGUGAUCUCUACAGCAAGCCCUGCCUGCCAUUCUUCUACCGCGCACAUGACAAGAAGGCAAAAAUAAUAAACAUCUAAAAGCCGGCAGCGAGGCCUGGAGAAGAGUCAGCUGUCAUGUGACUGUUUAGAAUAUAGUCAGAACACAAACCUGGAAAAAAAAAAAAAAGAAAAGAA